CUUACCUAAAAAGAGAAGUUAAAACCAAAAAAAAAAAAAAUUUGUCGUCCUUGAGCAGCUGAGGCUUUGCUUUGCAUGUUCAUGUCAGUGAGUGUAUGUAUGUCUGAUAAACCUUAGCUAACUUCUCCAAUUCCCGAAAUGCCCUUCCUAAAACCUCCGAUUCACCGUUCACUCUCUUCCCUCUGCUCCUCCUCCGACACACUCCUCGCCGACAAAGCAAUCGUGUACCUCAGACGCCACCCUCACCACGACCUCCAAAGUCUCUCUUCCAAUUUUACCCCUGAAGCUGCUUCCUAUUUACUCCUCAAGUCCCAGUUCGAUCAAACCCUAACCCUAAAAUUCCUCAGCUGGGCCAAACCCCACAAAUUCUUCACCUUUCAAUGCAAGUGCCUCACUCUCCACAUUCUCACUCGCUUCAAGCUCUACAAGUCCGCCCAGUCUCUUGCCGAGGACGUGGCACUCAGUACCUCACACGAUGACCACAAGGGCAGUUUGGUCUUUCAAUGCCUCAAGGACUCGUACCAUUCUUGCAAUUCAAGCUCUGCGGUUUUUGACUUGGUGGUAAAGUCUUAUUCCCACUUGAGUUUCAUUGAUAAGGCUUUGAACAUUGUUAAUUUAGCGAAAUCUCAGGGUUUUAUGCCUGGUGUGUUGUCCUAUAAUGCGAUUCUUGACGCGGUUAUAAGGUCGAAAGGGUCGGUUAAGUUUGCACAGCAGGUGUUUGAUGAAAUGACUGAGAGUGGGGUUUCGCCGAAUGUGUAUACUUUUAAUAUUUUGAUUCGGGGUUUUUAUGUGGCGGGGAAUUUGGAAAUGGGUUUGAGGUUUUUCGGUGAAAUGGAGAAGAGAGGGUGUUUGCCGAAUGUGGUUACCCAUAAUACGUUGAUUGAUGCGUAUUGUAAGUUGGGGAGGGUUGAUGAGGCGUUUGGGUUGUUGAGGUCGAUGGCAUUGAAGGGUUUGGAGCCGAAUUUGAUUUCGUAUAAUGUGGUGAUCAAUGGGUUGUGUCGCGAGGGGAGGAUGAAGGAGACGUGUCAGGUUCUUGAGGAGAUGAGUAAAAAGGGUUAUGUUCCUGAUGAGGUGACCUACAAUACACUUGUCAAUGGAUAUUGUAAGGAAGGAAAUUUUCACCAAGCACUUGUUUUACAUUCGGAAAUGAUGAGUAAUGGAUUGUCACCAAAUGUUGUUACAUAUACUGCGUUGAUUAAUAGUAUGUGCAAGGCUAAGAAUUUAAAUCGUGCAAUGGAGUUCUUUGAUCAGAUGCGUGUUAGAGGACUUGUACCAAAUGGGAGGACUUAUACAACGUUGAUUGAUGGGUUCUGCCAAGAGGGAAUCUUGAAUGAAGCCUACCGGCUUCUAAAUGAAAUGACUCAGAGAGGAUUCUCACCUUCAAUUGUGACUUACAAUGCUCUUAUUAAUGGACACUGCAUUUUGGGGAGGGUAGAAGAGGCCAUAGGAGUUAUACGAGAUAUGAUGGAGAAAGGUUUGGCUCCAGAUGUGGUGAGUUAUAGUACUAUUAUUUCUGGGUUUUGUCGAAAUGGGGAAGUAGAGAAGGCAUUUCAAAUGAAGCUGGUGAUGGUUGAGAAAGGUGUUUUGCCUGAUGCUGUUACCUUCUCAACACUUAUUCAUGGUCUCUGCCUGCAAAGAAGACUAAUUGAAGCUUGUGAUCUCUACCAAGAGAUGCUGAACGUGGGCCUGCGCCCUGAUGAAUUUACUUACACAACUUUGAUAAAUGCCUAUUGUGUAGAAGGGGACUUAAAUAAGGCACUUCAGUUGCAUGAUGAGAUGGUACACAAGGGCUUUCUACCUGAUGCUGUUACCUACAGUGUGCUUAUUAAUGGACUUAACAAGCAGGCUCGGACAAGGGAAGCAAAAAGGCUUCUUCUCAAGUUGUUCUAUGAGGAGUCUGUCCCAAAUGAUGUCACAUACAAUACUCUAAUAGAAAACUGUAGUGAUAAUGAAUUUAAGAGCGUGGUAGCUCUUGUAAAAGGAUUUUGUAUGAAGGGUUUGAUGGGUGAAGCAGAUCAAGUUUUUCAGUCAAUGCUUCAGAGGAAACACAGGCCUGAUGAAGCAGUUUAUAAUGUUAUUAUACAUGGGCAUUGUAGAGGUGGAAAUGUUCAGAGGGCGUAUAAUCUGUACAAGGAAAUGUUGAAUUCUGGUUUUGUUCCUCAUACUGUGACUGUUAUUGCUCUGUUUAAAGCACUUUUCAAGGAAGGUAUGAAUGAGGAGUUGAGUCAGGUCAUAAGGAACAUAUUGAAAAGUUGUAGGCUCACUGAUGCUGAACUUGCAAAAGUACUUGUUGAAAUUAACCAUAAAGAAGGGAACAUGGAUGCAGUAUUUAAUGUACUCACUGAGAUGGCUAAGGAUGGCCUCCUACCAAAUAGUGGGAGAACUGCUUAUGCUGGGGGAUAAAAUGUUUGAUGGAAUUUUCAAUAAGCCACACAAGAUGACUGAACACAUUUUUAAUGUUCAAUAGAGGAAAUGAUGCCCUGUGAGAAGGGUGAGGAGUGAUUUAACUCAAGUUGAAGAUAUUAAUGAGAAAAUCAAGAGUUACCCCUCUGUUUAUAAAUGUAUUUAUGUAUGUAUGCAUGUAUACUUUUUCUUCCAUAAUUUGCAAACUUAAGAGUAACU